AUCGCUCUUUGCCCCCCUCCCUCCUUCCCUCGCCCCGCCGCGUCCGCGGGGCUCUCGUCUCGUUCGAGGCCCACCCGCCUGCCGAUAGCGGUCAUGCUGCCCAACACGGGGAAAUUAGCAGGAUGUACUCUCUUUAUCACUGGUGCAAGCCGUGGCAUUGGUAAAGCAAUUGCUUUGAAAGCUGCAAAGGAUGGUGCAAACGUUGUGAUAGCUGCCAAGACGAGCGAGCCUCAUCCCAAGCUUGCAGGAACAAUCUACACUGCUGCAGAGGAGAUUGAAGCGGCUGGAGGAAAGGCUUUACCAUGUGUUGUUAAUGUGAGGGAAGAACAGCAAAUCGCUGAUGCAGUGGAGAAAGCUGUACAGAAAUUUGGAGGAAUAGAUAUUUUGGUGAAUAAUGCAAGUGCCAUCUCCCUGACCGGUACCUUGGAAACAACUGCAAAGAAACUGGAUCUUAUGAUGAGUGCUAACACAAGAGGAACUUAUCUUACGUCUAAAUUAUGCCUUCCUUUCUUAAAAAAGAGUAAAAUAGCUCACAUCCUUAACAUCAGCCCCCCACUUAAUCUGAAUCCCAUCUGGUUCAAAAAUCACUGUGCUUACACUAUUUCUAAGUAUGGUAUGUCCAUGUGUGUCCUGGGGAUGGCGGAAGAAUUCAGAGGAGAAGUUGCAGUCAAUGCUUUAUGGCCUAAAACAGCCAUACAUACGGCUGCAAUGGAUAUGCUGGGAGGACCUGGAGUGGAGAAGCAGUGCAGAAAAACUGAUAUCGUUGCAGAUGCUGCAUAUUGUAUUUUAACAAAACCAAAAAGUUUCACGGGAAACUUUGUUAUUGAUGAGACUCUAUUAAAAAAAGAAGGAAUCAAGAAUUUUGAUGUAUAUGCAGUUGCACCAGGUCACCCAGUGAUACCAGAUUAUUUUUUAGAUGAAGAUCUUGAUACUCAAGCUAUGAAAAUGGAAGCCCAGGGUGCUUCCUCAGGAUUCAGAGAGGAGAAGAAAGCAGAUGGAGCCAAGCAUACAGGACCGGAGGGGAGCCAGAUUAGCUUAGAAACAAGAACAACUAAGCCUUUGGAGUCUGUUGCAGAAACGUUUAAAAUUAUUGAGGGAAUAAUUAAUGAAGAUGUUGUAAAAUCUACCCAAGGUGUCUUUCUUUUUGAGUUAUCCGGUGAAGAGGGAGGAACUUGGUACAUUGAUCUUAAAAACAAAGGUGGGAACACAGGUUCUGGAGAGCCUCCUGUGAAAGCUGAUGUAAUUAUGAGCAUGUCCAGCAAUGACUUCGUGAAAAUGUUCACAGGCAAGUUAAAGCCAACCAUGGCUUUUAUGUCAGGAAAACUGAAGAUUAAAGGAAACAUGUCAUUAGCACUAAGAUUGGAAAAAUUGGUGUCCCAGCUUGGCUCCAAACUGUGAGGGGAAAGCCUUACUGUAUAGAACAUUGGCCUUUUAAAUAAAAAUGGUAACUGUUUUAAAUAUGUAAUUUUUGCUUUUUUGUGCUAUAAUAUGAAAAAUGUGGAUUUGGCCUUAUGAAACAUGGAAUUAUUUGAGGGAGGAUAACUUGAUGAUCUCAUUAGGGCAACAGAUCUAUCAUGUGUUUUCAAAAUUCCCCUAGUCAAUGCAGUGCUGCAGCCAGUCUGGAGGUUGCAGUUCCUCUCUCUUCUCUCUCUUAGACUUAAGCUUCUCUUCCAUCCUUGAUCGGUAGACUUCUAACGAAGGGGCCUUAGAGAUUUUCUUAAAAGCCAGUUGAUCAUAUUCAAGCAAUAAAGAAUGGAAGUCGCACUGAAAGGCCAUAAGUUGCUCCCUCUGUUUUCCUUGGGCUGGAGAGACAAAGGAUUGAAAUGAGUUUGCUUUUGUAGGCUUACAAGGCCACAUGAUUAGCUUGGCAGUUUUAAAUUAUCCUUUUUUCUGUACACCCACUAUAAAGAUCUGAAUGGAUGACUUGGUCAUUUGGGUGUUUUUAAUGUUUUAAAGAAAUAUUCUGUCCCAGGCCUUUAACUGUGAAACUUGAUUUCUACUAAUGAAUUCUUAAAUUUGACAUAGAAGCUCUUG